UGGAAACAGUCGAAAAUCAACACACCCCAGUCGAACUCUCCUGCGUGCGUGCAACGCGAACGACGCGAUCUUGAUCUCGAUUAUUUUUGUUGUCGCAUCGAGUUAACGCAUACGCCAAACCGAUAUUUUAAAGUUUAUUGUUAUCUUCGUUAGCAUAAGUGAGAGAGGCAUGGCCAUGCAUCCAGUCCAGCGCAGUCAAUUGUUACGCGCGAACCACUAAGAUCAUCGUGUUAAAAAAAUCGCGGGAAUUUCAGUGAGUGCGGUAAAAAAUUUAUUUGAGAAACAGUGAAAACAGUGAUUAAAAAAAUGGAUAGCAAUUCAGUGUCUCCAAUGCCGGAAUUGGCGCCCAUAGCGGAGUUCGACAAAACUCCCCCUACCCCCCCGGAGGAUACGCUCCCCAUGGAUGAUCUCCCGCCUCCCCCUACAGCUGUCACUAUCGCGGAGGAGAAGGAAAAAGAGGCACAUCGGCACUACGAGGAUGAUAACGAAUGGGGAUGCGGGAACUGGUUCGAGUAUAUCUUGGUGGUGGCCAUCUCCAUUUUUCUGCUGCUGGGCACCCUGGGGUUGACCCUCUACUGGGUCAUUCAGUACCAAGGAGGAUUCGCGUGGAGGGAGGACCCCACGAAACAGUUCAAUUUACACCCCGUCAUGAUGGUCGCAGGCUUCAUCACUUUCAGCGGAUUUUCCAUACUUCUUUACAGAAUAUGCAGAUGCUGUCGAAAAAUCUACGUGAAACUUUUGCACGCCAUUUUUCACGCUUUGGCCAUUCCGUGUGUUGCAGUCGGUUUCAUUGCCGUCCUGGAUUUCCACAACAUGGCCAGGCCCACGAUGCCAAAUUUCUACUCGAUACACAGCUGGGUUGGUCUAGUCACCAUGGGUCUGUUCGCAAUACAGUAUGUAAUUGGAUUCUUCAGCUUUUUGGUUCUGCUAUGCUGCGAGGGAGCUACAGCUGGCUUCAGAGCCGCAUUGGUGCCCAUUCACGCCUCAUUCGGGCUUACGACGUUCAUGCUAGCUGUCGCCACCUGUGUAUCAGGCCUGACUGAAAAAGUCAAUUUUUCUCUCUCGGAGAGUUAUUGGAACUUGAGAGGCGAGUCUCUGAUCAUCAACAUAUUGGGGGUGUGCAUAAUCGCAACGGGCAUCAUCGUAUCGGUCGGAGUGCGUAACCCCCACUCAAAAUCCAGCCCCAGAGUGUGCGUGUCUGCGAGAUCAUAGGAAAGCGCGCUUUCAAGCGCCAAAGUCUCGGAUAUUAACGCACAGCAAGAACCCGAACGCUUCUAAACAACCAAACUAAAUAAAUUCGAUGUACAGAUCAUCGCACUACAUCCGUAAAUUAAUAAAGUUACUUCAAAAGCAUUCGACAUCUUGUAAAUUUAAUCAUUCGCCCUAUUUAAGCUGACUAUACACACACCAUGCCAAUGGACGACAGUCAAAACACUCUGCAGGAACAAACCUAUUUUAAUCUAUUAUGUUGGCAUUACGCGUGACAUCUGUCAAACUAGUGACGUCACAAAAUGGCGUCGAAACGGCAAUCUUGAUUAAUAAGAGUGAUAUUAUUAACUCUUUACAUUUUUAUACUUACUGUAGCAUGGUCGGACUAACAUUAACUGGGGUUGACUUAUUAUUUAACAUCUUGGAAACUAAAACGCAUUUUUGCUGCCCAAAACGUAAAAUAGCUAUUAAAAUUAUGCCAAACUAACGUAACGUAGUGGUUAAUAUAAUCGUGUUAAACGUAGCCAAGUCGUAGGAAAUUUUGACUUUGAUUAAAGAUUUGUUAAAGAUAGACAAUCUUCGUUUUAGCUGUUUAGCAGUAUUUACAUAACCUGUGCUUUUGCGCAGUAAUGAAUAUUAUCUAUUUUUAAAUUUUUAUCGGUAAUAUUAAUAAAAUUAAUACUGUACAGUCAAGCUCAAACUUUUUCAAUAUUAAAAACUAACGAUAAUCAAAUACUCUUUAUUCUGUGUGCUAAUUA